AUGAGUCAUGAGCAGUACGAAGCCUACCUGGAGCGAUUGGACCCCAAGCUCUUACAGGAGAUGGGCAUCCUUCCUCCACCUUCUCCUUCGGCUCCUGUUGCGGAAGGGGGAGAAGAAGGAGCUGUAGGUGCUAUGGACGCUGGAGCAGGAUCGGAAUCGGGAUCGGGAUCGUCAGAAGCAACUACUACAGCAGCAGGAGAGGCGGAGCAGUCUGUGGAAGUGUUGGACCGGAAACCAAGUCGGGCAUCUUCAUCCCAACCAGCACGGAUCGUCUGUCACCGCUGCCACUCCCUCUCCCACCACGCCUCACCAUUGGCAAACUCCUCCAUCCUCCCUUCGUCAAUGUUUCCAUCCCCACCAGCACCCGUCCCAAAACACCUCGAGACCCUAGCCCAGUCCAAGACUUCGACCGUUGUCCUCGUCGUCGACCUUAUCGACUUCCCGCUCUCCCUUCCUCAACCCAUCAUCCAGGAGCUCCUCAAAUCCAAGAAGCAUAAAGGAACGGGAGCUGGAGCAGGAGGGGCAGUGAAGAAGGACUACCCAACAACGCCAAUCAUUCUAGUCGGCAACAAGUUCGAUGUCAUGCCAUCUGGCACCCGAAAACAAACCAUCAUCCAAAUCAUCCAAUCCUACCUCACCUCCCACGGACUGGACGAUAACAUCCGAGCGAUUCAUCUUGUCAGUGCCAAGAACCCAGAGGGAGACGAGAUCCGGAUGCUGUUGAAGAGCAUUGGAACGGCGUGGACCAAAUCCGGGAAGGGGAAUGUGGUGAUGGUAGGUGGGGAGAAUGUGGGGAAAUCGCAGUUAGUGAAUGCGUUUCUGAAGGAGGGUGGGAGGUGGAGGGCGAGUGGGGUUCAGGUCGAGAGGGAGAAGUUUGGAGCGGAGAAGGCAGAGCGACAGAAGAAGUUGAGUCUCCUUCUUGGCACUUCUUCCGCCACCAGUGCCCCCGAGGAGGAUACCGACAAGGAUAACGAGGAGGACAAGGAAUGGGCGGCGAUGACAGGGAAGGACAGCGUCGGUGCGGACAUGGACAAAUACGAGACCCUCUACAAGGACCGCGGACAGGAGAAAUUGGCAAAGUACCAGACCACAGUCUCAAACGUCCCAGGGACAACACUGGAGCGAAUCAAGGUCCCUCUGAGUGUGUUGUCAAGAUUCAUGGGCGCCACGUAUAAGGAGGUUCAGACGAAAUGGUUGAUGGAUACACCAGGCAUCCGACCUGCCGCGGGCCAGUUGACCAGUUGGUUGACCCUUGAGGAGUUGAAGGUUGCCUUGCCCAAGAAGGUCCUCAAGCCCGUUAGCUUUACCCUUGAAGAAGGGAAAUCGUUCUUCUUGGGAGGUCUAGUCAGGAUCGAUUGCCUCUCCAUCGGGGAACCAACCCUCUCACCAUCCACCACAUCCCAGGACCCAACAACACCACCACCCCGUCGUCCAAGGGGCUCAAACCCAGCCCCCAAACUCACCAUCUUUACAACCCUCCCCCUCCACAAGACAUCCACCACAGGAGCCGACAAGUUCCUGGAAAAGAUCAACUCUGGCCAACUCACCAUCCUCCAACCACCCUUUGGAACCCCCGAACGUCUGGCCGCCUUUCCGGGAUUGAAACCCGUCUCGUCCAAGGACAUCGUUAUCGUCAACCGGGCCCCCUCCCCUUCCUCUUUCUCCUCCUCGUCUUCCUCUGACAGUUCAGAUCCCUUUGCGCGCCUCAGUGGUGACUCUUCUUCUCCCUCCUCCCGCAUUGACCAGGAAUCAUCAUCAUUAACCCGCCGAGAACGCGAAACAGCCUCCUUGCAAUACGCCGGUCAAUACGGGAUCUGCGACCUAGUCUUUUCCGGCAUCGGCUGGGUCAUGAUCUCUGGAAAAUUCCAUGGUGACGACCAGGCCGUGCGGUUGAAGGUGUGGACUCCACAGGGUCAGGGGGCAAUGGUCCGCGAACCGGCGUUGUUGCCUGAUUUGGCGGGGCAGCAGAUUGAGAAGACUUCAGGUGGAGUUCGUGGGAAGGGGCAGCAGGGGAGAAAGGUCUUUCAGGCUCUUCCUCACUCUCCUUCAUCCUCGCCUGAGGAGUAG